UAUGUAGAGAGACUUCACAUACAGGAAAUAAUGUAUCCUACACCCUAUGUAAUUCACUCUGUGUACAUUAUGGAGGUUUUUAGGACGAGGAAAUGGCCAGGGUACUGAAGGAGCAUGUUGCCUCGCAACCAGCGUCUAGUUACAGCUACUGAGUGUACAUAUCCCACUUUUGCUUUUCUUUCUUUCUUUCUUUUUUUAAUGUUUUAUAAAAACGAAGACAGAUGGGUUUUUUUCUGGAAAUAAAGUGAAAGUAAGAGACUUCUAAAGCGAGUUUAGAAGUAGAAGAAGAAGAGGAAGAAGCGUGUUAAUUUACCCACCCAGGGACAAAUACACACACGGCAGUGCUCAACCGUUUGACGGCAAACAAGAGAGCACGGCUGCGUCCGAAAAAAUGUACUUACCUGCUAUAUAGAAGGUGAAAUACGUGUAGGUAAGUAUGUGAUUUCGGACACAGAAAAAGGCAUUUUUUUUCCAAAAAAGAAGAGGGAUCGCGGGGUUUUUCCAUGUAUGCACAUUUUAUUUGAAAAGCAAUAAAAUACACAGAGUACCCAAAUGAUGCCCUGUCUGUGUUUUUAAAAAAAAAACAAACAAACAAAAAAAAACAAUUUGCGCCCCACUUCCGAUCUCUCCGCGCCCCUCGGGUUGAGAACCACUGCCCUAAAGCAAUGAAAUCAUGCAAAUGGAAAUUGUCCUUAGAGUACUAAGAAUGAACACAACAUAUAAAUAAUAAUAAAUAACCGAACUUUGAAAUUAUCUCCCAAAAAAUCAUAAAAUUGGGAACGUUAGCUCACUAACAAACACGGCUAAUUUGAGUAUUUACACACAGCGGCUAGCAUAGCAUUACCUCGCUUACUAGCAAACAGGAAAUCUUUAAAGAUUAAGCUAAAGAAGGUUAAAUGAAGUGUCACUAAUCUUUGUGUAUUCUGCAAAAGCAGUAAUAUGUGUCGUUCUAGCGAAAAUAGUAUUAACUGCUGCACAUACUACAUUACUUACAUUGGCGGUAUUUUAUAGUAUCUCGAUACUACCGUAGUAGUGGUAUACCAUGCAACCGUAAUAUAUAACAGUUAUAUACUAUUUAUAUACUAAAUAUAUAACCCACUAUCAAUGAUUUAUUAGCUAGAUAAGUAUUUUUUUCAUUACAGUAGCUCUAUGAACAUUCCACACUAGAAUAAAUCAGUUGAUGCAGUAAUAAGCUUUAAUUUUCAGGCAGAGAUAUAAAAAAAAAGAAAAUCAGAAGUCCUCUUGACAUUGUAAUUAAUUCUAUGCAAACUAAGCAAAUGAACCCAUAUUAACAAUAUUUGUAUUAACACUCUGUAGGAAACAUGUCACGCAACACCUCAAAAAAUCAAGCUGAAAAGGUCACAUCAGCCCAGCCUCCACCUCCCACUCAAGCCAAGGACGUGGAGGACACUGUGGACCCAGGAUGUCUUACCAAAUCUGAGUUUCUGACUAUGAUAGCUCACGAAGAAGGAGAGGAAAUUGUGUCAGAUAUUCUGGAUGAAUUCAUGACCAAUGUGAUGGAGAAGUGUUAUGAAGUGUAUCUUAAGAAACAGAUAGUGCCAUUCACUGCUGCCUGGGCAAAGAAUACCAUACUCCAGAUGGUAAAGUGGCAGUACCUCAUGCGUGAUGAAGGCGAUGAUGUAGACACAACCUCUCUCCUGCAGGAAGACACAGCACCUGCACCUUCAAUUCCAGAUUCCUGGGCUGAAGGCUGUGUGCCGGUUAUUAAAAUCUCAAAUCAUUUACAGAGGGUUAAGACUGACGCACAGGAAGCUAACAUUAAAGAUCCACAAAAAAUACAGGAAGCCCAUUCAAUAAACAAAACAGAAUCUCCCCCAGGGAAACCGAGACGAAACAGCAGGACUCUGAAAGUAAUCCCUGCAUCUCAUACAAAGGUGGAACUGGAAAGAACACCACAUCCACCUGAGACACGUUCAUCAAACAAACUGAAACCUCCAGAAACACAGAAUAUAUUGCGGUAUUAGGACAUAUUGGGUGAAGAUUUUUCCAACCACAAGUCCACAAGAGCUAUUCCAGGCGCCUCAGCACAUCCUGGCCUAUGAAAGAAUUAUGCUGGAGGACAACUUUUAUCCUUGAGAGGGCUUGGAAACACACAGUGGCUUAAGUGUUUCUUAUUUACAAUUAGGAGAUGCUAGCCAACCAAAGCAUGCUUCAGUUCAGGGGCCCAAUGAGAGACAGUUGAACCGUUCACUGUUUACUUAUAAGCUGAUCGUUCAUUAUUUUAAUUAGUAAAUUCUCAACAAGUGGCUCCUAAAAUAAUAAGCAUUUAAUACUUAUGCACAGAAAAUAAGUUAAUUUUUAAUGUCUUAGUCAACCUACUGAUUUUUAAAAUUCACAAUGGCUGUUUUUGGUUCUAUAUAGUAAUUGCAGAGAUGUCAAACUAAUGAAAAUAUCUGAAUAAGACAGUAAAAACAAAAAUAUAUAUUUUUCCAAAAACAUUUCUUAGCUUUGAAGAUUGAAGAUUCAACAUAACAAUUCAACUUGCUGUAUAUUUUUCUAAAUUGAUGGACCAGAUUUAAUAACCCAAAUUGGGUUAUAAAGCAUUUCUCUGCUUUAUAUGCUGUAUAUGUUUUUAAUACAUUUUCAAUUCCUACCUUUGGUUUAUUUAGUUAUUUGUUUUCUGACCUUUACACACAUUUUACUGAAUUUAAAAUGAUUAUCACUUUUAGUGAAGUAAUCGCUUAGGACAGCUAUGAGUUCAAUAUGCAAACAUUUUAUCAAUUACUGAUCAAUUUAAAACAAAGCAGAUCACGUCUGAAAACACACUGGAGCCCAGCUGAGACAGUAUAAGGAUGGAGUUGAGGAUAUUUGUGGUAUUUGCACACAUUUAAUUUUAACAUGAAGUGGUAGCAAUGGUCAACAUAACAUAGUGGUUACAGACAGAGUUAUUUUUCUGUGUUAUGACGAAUUGCUUAGAACGCAGCUAAAUUAUGUGAAAAUUGUACAAUGGUGUGACUGUUGUAA